AUGCAGGAGGACUUCAUUGAUCCAGCGGUCGAACGAUUCUCAGGGAUCAAGAGGCUUUACGAAUCAUGUGCGCGCAGCGGAAUCGGCAAGAUAACACUAGUGGACCUUGACGAAGUUUGCAUAUCCAACAUCAAUCGACAGCUCUGCGCUCUAGACAGCACCGUAGGACGCCCGAAAGCAGAAGUCCUGAGGGCUCGGAUUCUCGACAUCAAUCCUGAGUGCAAUGUAUCAUGUGUGUUACAGUUUCUGCGACGUGAAAAUGCCCUGAGCAUCUUGAGCGGAAUGGACGGGGAUGAGGGGAUUGAACCUCAGAGGACUAACUGCUCGUUUGACUUCGUCGUUGACGCCAUCGAUAGCGUCGAUGACAAGGCAGCCCUGAUUUCCGCGUGCACUUUCUUGAAGGUUCCUAUCAUCACAUCGGGAGGCGCCGGGGGCCUGACGGAUCCUACGGCGAUAAGAUCGGAGGAGCUGACAAAAGUUGAAGACGACGAGCUGCUGUUCCAUGUGAGGAAGAAGUUGCGGCAGUUCUACGGCUUUCCCCAGGGGCUGCCUCACCGGAAGCGAGUGAAACCUUGGAAGAUUCAAGCUGUCUACUCCAGCGAGAAGCCUAUUCAGACCUUGGUUGAGGAGGCUGCGAGCCAGGGAUUCCGAUCUUGUGACUUCUCUAUGGGGACUUCAGCCAUGGUCACGGGCUCGUUCGGUCUUGCUAUGGGCUCCUUCAUUGUCAAGUCAAUCGCACUUGGGACUAAUUUUCCUCCCAACGUUCAGUUAGCUAACGCGACAGGAAGUCCUCGUCGAGGGUUCUACAUGGCAGGACGGGGAGAUCAUGGUCCGCUCCUUGAGAGAUUCAUCGGAUCAGUGGACAGGAGUGUAGAUCUUUCGCAGGAGAGGUUUCAUGGCAGUUUCGCAACUGAUCUCGAGCUCCGUGUUCAUUGCGGGUCGUUAUUCGCUGCCCCACCUCUCCUUGUGUUAGCUGUUGUUGUGAGCAAGAUUCAUUCCUCCGCGGGAUUGCUCAGUGUAUUGAUAAGAGCAGCACUUGGCUUCGUGUUGGGAUCGUUAUUCUUUCAUUCCUUAUUCGUCAUUUUCGGAGUUCCGGUCUUGGAGGCGGCGCACAAGACUUUUGUUCUCAGCAUGCACCUCGCCGUUCUUGCGGCAGUGCCUCUUGCUUGCACGUUUGGCACAGAUCUGGGAGGAUGGAGGAGGGUAGUCGCCUGCAACAACCCCAAGACUGACGGAGAGGUGUUGGCGUACUUGCCUUCCGCUCUUGCGGUGGUAGGCACAUGGUUCGGUGCGAUCCCCAUCCCCUUGGACUGGGACAGACCAUGGCAGGCCUGGCCUAUCACCUGCACGGCUGGCGCCAUCGCAGGCCAUGCGUUAGGAUGCUGCGCUGCCUUCCUACUCCUCAUCCUCGGUUCGCGAACUCGGAAGCAGAAGAGAACGUGA